UAGACCCAAACAUCAGGAAGUUUCCAUUAUUUUAUACAAAUAAUCAAGGAGACGAGCCCCGUGUCGGUUUUUACCUCUUGCCUCUGCCCCCUUAGUUGGUCUACAAAUAGAAUAAGUUGCCAGGGUCCUUUUCCACUUCUUCACGCUACGAUUUUGUUCUACCCUGACAUUCUCCAGUUUUCAUCGAGUGCUGCAUGGCUAUUGUGGUUGAUGCCGUAUAAAUGGAAGGUGGAUUUUUUUUUAUAAUUUCUCCAAGUCUAUCACAUGUUUUAUGGGGAUUAAUGAUUCAAACCUCAAUGUUGAACCCGAAAAUCUCUCAUCGCCCUGCCAUCUGCUAUAGGCCCAUUCAACCAUCGGAUUUAGAGAUUUUAGAGCAAAUCCACAUUGAUGUAUUUCCUAUCAGGUAUGAAUCUGAAUUUUUCCAAAAUGUUGUGAAUGGACGUGGUAUUGUGUCAUGGGCAGCUGUUGAUCGCAGUCGACCCAAUGGUCAAAGUGAUGAGCUUAUUGGAUUUGUUACUGCAAGAAUUGUAAUGGUAAAGGAUAGUGAGAUAACAGAUUUGCUCAGGUAUGACUCAUCGAAGGGGGACCAAACAUUAGUAUAUAUUCUGACACUGGGAGUAGUAGAUGCUUAUAGAAAUCUUGGCAUAGCUACCACACUUAUCCAUGAGGUUAUUAAAUAUGCUUCGAGCAUCCCGGUAUGCCGUGCAGUUUACUUGCAUGUUAUUUCUUACAAUAAUCCAGCCAUUCAUUUAUACCAGAAGAUGUCAUUCAAGUGUAUGCGGAGGUUGCAUGGAUUUUACUUGAUCAAUGGUCAGCAUUAUGAUUCAUAUUUGUUCGUUUACGUUUACUACGUAAACGGCAGCCGUUCUCCUUGCUCACCGUUAGUGCUUCUCACUUUUUCGUUACUUGCAUUAAGACUCGUCUCAAAUCUGUGGCUGCAAAGCUGAGGAAGAAUGAAGAGAAGAUGGUGAAAUGGCCAAAGUGUAAAGAAACUCGGGGUCUCAUCCCGAUACAAAAUAAGCGAAUGAUUAAAACCGAAUGUUCUGGAUGUGAGUAUGUUUAGUAAGUGUAAUACCUGUGUUGACAUCUUCUGGAAGAAAAAAGUGCAUGUUAUCCAAAAAAAAAAAUGAAAUUCAAUGACUGAUAUAUAAGCUCCUCCCACUUUACCCCCAUUUCUCCAUUUGUUAAUGUUUCCUAAAGAAAUAGAAAAAAGAUGGUUUCUUCAUAGUACCUCUUGAAUUGGAAAAUAAAUGGUUAUUCUGAUGCCUAUUUAUUGAAUUUAUAUGCUAUGCUGUAUUUUGUUUUCC